GACGUACUCGUCUGCUUGCUCUGUUCACCAGUGUAUCCACGUCCGUGUGCGCGUGUGUAGAAUGCAGCCAUUUACAAGUAUUUCUAACUCCAUCGAAUAGCCUACUGUGUCUGAUAUAGACGUCAUCAGAGAAGGCCUUUUAACAGGUGUCCAAACACUGUUUAAUCCCAUCCACAUGACAUGACCCUCAGGUCUGGGAAACAUGAAUAAACAGUCGGGAAUUAGCCUUGACGCAGGCAUACACGUGUGCACAAACGGAUCCAACAAACACGCAGUCAAGUGUUGACCGGAGAAAUUGUGUUCCGGAGUAUUUGUGCAAGCUGCUGGGACUCGGGAGGGACAGCUACCCUUACUGUCAUUUAAUCUCUCUCUGUGUGUGUGACAGUUUCGCACAAGCUCGUUACGACAAGAGAGAGAGAGAAAAUAUAUAUUUACAUGGAAAACUCUGGAGAGAGUUGCCAUCUCUAUAACGUGGUAUUGUAAAUGACUGCCGUAGUUGACAGGAUAUUGAACUGUGUGAUCAAAAAAACGUUCAGUGCACACUAGACCUGAAUUUAGAGCGUUGGAACUGGAUUUAGAACUUUGGAACUGGAUUUAGAGCUUUUGAACUGGAUUUAGAACUUUGGAACUGGAUUUAGAACUUUGGAACUGGAUUUAGAACUUUUGAACUGGAUUUAGAACUUUGGAACUGGAUUUAGAGCUUUGGAACUGGAUUUAGAAUUUUGGAACUGGAUUUAGAGCUUUGGAACUGGAUUUUAAACGUUGGAACUGGAUUUAGAGCUUUGGAACUGGAUUUAGAAUUUUGGAACGCUCAAUUUUUUUAUCUCCAUAAUCCCGAUCAAAUUCAACCCGUGGAUUUAUUUUGCGGAGAGAGAGUUUCGGUCUCACUCUCUCAGAUUUCCUUGCUGUCAAAGUUUCUAUUGGAAUUUCUUAUCGGAUAUAAUAAUCUUGGAUUCAAACCAUUCUUGUUGUAACCCAUAAUAAGGGUUCAAAUAAUGAUUUAACUUGAACACCCCAUAGGCCUGGGUUAUUUAGGGGCAAUUCCAUUUUCUUUUUUUUGGAUCAAAACUUGUUGGCAUUGUAACCCUUUCUGGAGUUUUAAUGUAACGGUUGAGUUGUUUUAUAAUGUUAUCUAAUAUUUCACCAUAUCCCCUUGGCUAGUUUCACAACCCGAACCCAAUCAUUAGCCUCACAUCUCUGAAUAACGGUUCUGUUAAUAGCUCAAUCUGAUCGCCUAACACUUGCCGCUCCCACCGGGGUGAGAGUUUCUCUUAACCCCAUGAUGUUGCUCCUUUCCCCGGUUCUCCUCCUUCUGCUCCGCGGGGUCUUAUUCGAGGCUUCGCAGGGCAUCAUCCAGGACAGCGGCUACUAUCACCACAAUGACCCGGAACUCGGACUCACCUUUGCCGGCCAAAGAACGGUGUUCGACUCGACAGACCCAUGCCUGGUGGUGUCACCUCCCUGUAUGAAUGAGGCAGACCGAUACAGUCUGGAGGGUCUGAGGAACAUCCACAGAGAGAUGGAUGACGACCAGGAUGGCGGGAUAGAGGUGGAGGAGAGCGUGGAGUUCAUCAUCGAAGACAUGAAACAACAGCCGACCAACAAACACAGCCGUCUUCACAGAGAGGACCAGCACAUCACCAUAGAGGAACUGUGGAGGGGCUGGAAGUUCUCAGAAGUCCAUAACUGGACUCAGGAUGAGGUGUUGAGGUGGCUCAGGGAGUUUGUAGAGCUGCCUCAGUACGAGAAGAACUUUAAAGACUUCAGAGUCAACGGCAACACCCUCCCCAGGAUAGCAGCCAAUGAGCCGUCGUUCCUGAGUGGCCAGCUGAAGAUCGUGGACCAGAGAGACAAACAGAAACUCAACAUCAAGGCUCUGGACGCGGUGCUGUUUGGUGCUCCAAUACGCCCACCCCAUAACUACAUGAAGGACUUGUUGCUGAUAGUUUCUGUGAUGAUGGGUGUAGGAGGCUGCUGGUUCUCCCAGGUCCAGAACAAAGCUUCCAAAGUCCACAUCUCCAAGAUGAUGAAGGACCUGGAGAGUCUGCAGAAUGCUGAGCUCAGCCUCAGAGAACUACAGGAACAGCUGGAACAGGCCCAGGAGGAGAAGCGUAACGUGACAGAGGAGAAACAGAACCUGGAGGAGAAGAUGAGGGAUGAGAUCAUGGGAGCCCAGGAGGAGGCGCACAGACUCCAUCGGCUCAGAGCUGGAGCCGUCAGUCAACUGAGCAGACUGAGAUACGCAGAGGAGGAGCUGGAGCAGGUUCGGGGAGCAUUGAAGAAGGCAGAGAAGGACAUGAUGGCGUACUGGUCUGUCCCGGAGGCCCUACAGCUCUGGCUACAGCUGACCCACGAGGUGGAGGUGCAGUACUACAACAUCAAGAAGCACAGCGCUGAGCUGCAGCUCAACACCGCCAAGGAAGAGGCAGAAAAGAUCAAGAAGAAGAGGAGUUCCCUCAUGGGGACAUUCCACGUGGCUCACAGCUCCUCACUGGAUGAUGUUGACACCAAGAUCCUGGAGGCCAAGAACGCCCUAUCAGAAGUCACGGCCUGCCUACGGGAGCGUCUCCACCGCUGGCAACAGAUAGAGCGUCUGUGUGGUUUCCCUCUCCUCAGGAACUCUGGCCUGGCCAGCCUGACAGCCACGCUGUAUUCAGACUCUAACUGGGUGGCGAUGCCCCGGGUGUCUGUACCCACUUUCCCUUCCUGUCAUGAAACAAUACAAGGCUCUCUGGAGGAUCUGAUGGAAGACCCCUCAGCAUCCAUCUUAGUUCCACCAAUGAAGCGCUCUCCUCGCUCUCGUGGCUCUACCUCCACUGUGUGUCGUCAACGGCGUUCUGGACACGCCUCCUCUUCCUCUUCCUCAUCCUCCUACUCUGACCCUGAUAUCCUGAUUCCUAUCCACACCACGCUCCCCUGCUUCGAGGAAGAGGAGCAGAUCUUCAUCAACGCCCAGUGGAGGGGAGAUUCUCAGGUAAUUUAUUCUGACAGGACCCCUCCUGUCAGCAGAAGGUCAUCAGAACCUUCCGGAACGGAAUCCCCCAUUUGUAAGAUAUCUAGAGAAGAACUGGAAGCUUCCUUGGAUGAAGCCACAUUGAAGACAUCAUCUAAAGACGAGUCGGACUCUUCUUCUGUGGACAACACUGCUCCAAGGAAAAUGCAAAGAGUCAAAAGUGAGACUUCCAUGGACCCCCCCGCCAACGCAGCAGCCAAAAAGGUAUUGGGUCAUUCGAUGGACAACGUCUCAAGGAAGUCAUUCAGAGAUGAGUGUCACGAGGUUCCGUUGGAGACUCACGUCUCAAAGAAGAGAUCUCUUCUAUCUACAGACAUGAUCGGUGUGUCUUUGGACACCGGCUCCAGGCAGAUGAUGAGAGAGAGCAGGGGAGAAGCCUCAUUCAACAACUCCAUGAGAGGAAGACCCAGAGAAGAAAUGGUGGCGGCCGUUGGAACCCCAACGAGAAGGAUAUCCCGAGAGGAGGAGGACUUCUUAGCCGACAGCGCUCAGAGGAGGAUGGCGAUGGCCAGAGACAAACUGACCCUUCAUCUGGACUGCAACUCUUCUCACAAGAUGCUGAGGAAGAAGAUGGAGUUCUCAGUGGAACCACCAUCUGCCGCCACGAGGAAGAUAUCGAUAGACGAACACCAUGAGAUGUGCUCUCACACUAGCAGACGAACAAACAGCGAUAAGAUUGACAGAUCCAUAGACACUCCCACUGGGAAGAUCUACCCGGACAGGGUCGACAGUACCCCAGAAAUCCUCAAACGGAGGAUAUCCAGGGAGGAGUAUGCGGGGUCGUCCCAGUUGGGUCACGAUCCCCAGGUUUUGGAUUGGGGUCAGUUCGGACAACCUGAUCUCACCUUGUCCACACCAUGGAAACAAACCCAGACCCCUGACCCUUAUACCCCUGACCUGACCGAACUUGUGUAUGACGGUAUUCUGGAGAAGUCCUGUAUCACCCCAGCAACGACCCCUGACCUGCCCCAAAGGAUCACGGAAGGAAGAGAGCGAGAAGGGAAUCCUCCUGUUCCGCCCCCGAGGAGCUGCCGGUCCCUAAACACGUUGCCCCCGGAGAUGAGAGGCGAGAGGCACCAAAAGGACAAAGACAAAAGCACGAAGUCGUCCAAACUCAAGAGCCUUUUUAAGAAGAGGAAAGAUCAUACCCCAGAACUGCCACAAGGGGGCCUGAACAAUCUCUGACCGUUAACUGGAAUUUAAACACGUUUUAAUGCAAAUUCUUUAACCAGGAAUUUUCUUGAGGUUAUGAAACUCUGGAUAAGACCUCAGCCAGGAAAAGCUGAGAGGAAACAUAAACAUUAGUCUUAUAGAUUAGAUUUUUCAACAAAAAAAAUGACACGGACUGUUUGGCUGAGAUUACAUGUUUGAAAGAAAAAAACAUGAGCAAUAGGAUUGCACAUUUUUUUUCAAAGCCAACAAAGACUGAUUUUUGAAACCCAGAAAAAUAGUGUUCUGGCCGAUAAAGCGCAGAUUCCCGGACAACAUGUUAUUUUGGCAAUGGCUAGUCAAUGGGCAGGUACCAAACUCUUGAGUUGACAUAGCAGUCUCUAAAACGGAUUAACAUACAACACGGAAUACUCUGAAAACAGGAACACAGUCGUUGCUAUAGUUUCGGUACUAUUUUGGUACUACAAAGCAGAAUCAAUUAACCAGCUAUCUUUUAAUUAACCAUAGUAAACCAUCUAACUUUGAUAAAUAACCAGAAAUAACUAUUGGUUUUUUGGUUCAUUUAAGAAAAGCUAAACUUAAAUAUGUGUGUCUUUGGUUGUUUAGUCAAUUAAACAAUGCCCAUUUCAAGCUUAAAGCUAUUUUCAUAACGUUAAAGCAAGUUAGCUGGCUAACUCAUUGAUCCUGCUUUCAUAGUACACCCCUCUGGCUGGAUGUCCUCAGAGGGACAGAGAGGAUGAAGUGUGUAAGAUAACCUAUGGUGCCCAAAUGUUGUCUCUGCAGGGAAGUCUUAAUAAGCAGACCAAUGAUGGGUGUCCCGUUAUAGCUUCGUAUGGAAGCAGUGUGAUCCCAGACAAUGUUUGAUCGCCUCCUAUGUUCAGCGUUGGGUGUUUUAGAGCUGAGAUAUUUAUUUCUUGACUAGGGAGCAUUUCUUCGGAGCUCUUCUCCUGUACGAUAGAAGCAACUGUCGUUUAUUUGGAUUGGGGGG